UUUAACUCAGAUAUUGACACGUCUAACUAACGCCCGUGGAAUCCUUAAAUCCGGGAGUGAUGGAAUGAAAAGAUUAAUCUCUCACCAUUUGAUGGAUUGAUGAUAGGCCAGUUUUAUAAAUUAUUAAACAUCUCAGAUGUUACCCAGUGUAGAUUUAGAGGUUUUGUUACAUGCUGUCCUUUGCAGUCUGAUUGCGCCAGUGCUGGCACACAAGCGCUCUUGUUUUUGUGGUGUGUGGAGAACUUCUGGCGGCGUGCUUUAGUAGAGCCGGUCUGCAUUGCGUCGAAACCCCUCCAACUCCUCCUCCUCAUUCUCCUGCUGCCUUUCCUCCCCUCUCCUCUCCCCUCCCCUCCUCUCUUUUCCUCACCUCCCCUGCACUUGCAUGUGAAAUGCACAGCAAAACUUGCUUAACAUUGUGGAUAAAACAUUUGGACCUAGCUGCACUUGACUCUCUCUCUCAACUAUUCGUUUUGGUUUCUUUUAUUCUGCUCUCCGAGCCGCGCUGAAACACAUUCUGCCCGUCAUCCUAUUGUAAAAAGCAGCAGAUUUCUGCUGAUGCAGUGUUGUCUGGAAAUGCCAAGGGCUCGCUUAUUGCCCCUUAAUGUAUCGCCCCCCUGAAUUGCAGCGCGAGAUUUUUUUUCCUGCGGUAUAGGCUACUGUAAGCUGUCCAUACCACCGUGCCGCCGCGCAAGCAACUACCGACGCUGCAGCUUUGCCUUUUUCUCUUUUCGCUCAUUUUUCAUCUCUGUCUUUCCUUGUUAGACUCACCUGAUUUUCAUUUUGUCUUAUCUCAUCUUGCUUUAUCGUCUAAAGACAUCGUAAGGCACUUUGUGGCGGACACAGUUAGGAUGGCGAUGAGCACAGUAAGGCUCUAGGCUUUUUUUUGGUAGGUGCAAUGUAAAGUUGCCACAUGACGCCCACUGCUGCCCUGCCGUUGGAUGAUUUUACUCGAGGAUAAGAGCAUUCAAGACCUUUCAAGAUCAGCCCACUGACAGAGGCAGCAGUAACAACAGCAGCAGAUGCACUGGAGAGCAGCAAUGGUCAAGUCAGCGAGAGCCGCAGUGGAGCCGCACUAAGGCAAAGCAGCCAACCAGCCCUCUCAUAUCUGGGGACGUCUCCAACAAUUUAAGGGGUGUGGGAAGCUGAGGAGUGGAAAAUUUGCCCCAAACCUGAACUCCUCCUACUCAUCCCCCUCCACCUCCUCCCAAAAUGACUGUGGUAGCAGGAGAUAACAUGGACGAUACCUCGGCUGUCCCAGGCCACCCUCAGGACACCUACCCCCCAGACCACAAUGACCAUGAAUGCUGCGAGAGGGUGGUCAUCAACAUAGCCGGGCUUCGGUUUGAGACACAGUUGAAAACUCUCUCCCAGUUUCCAGAGACGUUGCUUGGCAACCCGAAAAAGCGGAUGCGGUACUUUGACCCUCUGAGAAAUGAGUACUUCUUCGACAGAAACCGCCCCAGCUUUGAUGCCAUCCUCUAUUACUAUCAGUCUGGCGGUCGGCUGAGAAGACCAGUGAAUGUCCCUUUGGAUAUGUUCUCAGAAGAAAUCAAAUUUUACGAGCUGGGAGUGGAUGCGAUGGAGAAGUUUCGUGAGGACGAGGGUUUCAUCAGGGAGGAAGAGCGUCCUUUACCUGAGAAGGAGUUCCAGCGUCAGAUUUGGCUUCUCUUCGAGCACCCGGAAAGCUCAGGCCCUGCGAGAGGGAUUGCCAUAGUGUCUGUGAUGGUAAUCCUGAUUUCAAUAGUCAUAUUUUGUUUAGAGACUUUACCACAGCUGAAAGAAGACCCAAGGGGUCGAAUGAUAGCAGUUGGGAACACUACUGUUUAUUAUAAGCCAAAUAUCCUCACUGACCCCUUCUUCCUUAUUGAGACACUCUGUAUAAUCUGGUUCUCCUUUGAGUUGAUUGUACGCUUUCUGGCGUGCCCCAGCAAACCGGCCUUCUUCAAGAACAUGAUGAACAUGAUCGACAUAGUGGCUAUCAUCCCUUACUUCAUUACACUCGGCACCGAGCUGGCCGAAGACCCAGAAAAAGAGGGGGUGGGGGAGCAGGCAACAUCUCUGGCCAUACUCAGGGUGAUCCGUCUGGUCAGGGUGUUUAGGAUCUUCAAGCUGUCACGACACUCCAAAGGACUGCAGAUUUUGGGGCAGACCCUCAAGGCCAGCAUGCGAGAGCUUGGAUUGCUGAUCUUCUUUCUGUUCAUUGGAGUCAUCUUGUUCUCCAGCGCUGUCUACUUUGCUGAGGCAGAGGAGGAAGGAUCCUGCUUUGGCAGCAUCCCGGAUGCAUUUUGGUGGGCUGUUGUGUCUAUGACAACUGUGGGCUAUGGGGACAUGGUCCCCAUCAGUAUAGGAGGCAAGAUUGUAGGAUCUCUGUGCGCCAUCGCUGGAGUGUUGACAAUUGCACUCCCUGUGCCUGUCAUUGUGUCCAACUUCAACUACUUCUACCACAGGGAGACCGAGGGAGAAGAGCAGGCCCAGCUGCUCAACGUCAGCAAUCCCAACAUCCCCUCUGAAACCAACUCCAGCCGCCGUAGUUCAUCCACCGUCAGCAAGUCAGAGUACAUGGAGAUUGAUGGAGACAUAAACAAUAGCAUCGACAACUUUAGGGAGGCAAACCUCAGAACUGGCAAUUGCACUAUAGCCAACCAAAACUGUGUAAAUAAAAGCAAGCUGCUUACAGAUGUUUAGACACUAGUUAGUAACUUUGGGAUCUCUAUGGGACUGUCAUAUGUGGAGUAGACCAUCAGUUAGGAAUGCUUCAUUUACCUCCCCAAAGCGCUCUAUGGCAUUAGGCCUAAAACUCUGCUCAGCUUUAUAGAAAGGAAACAGAAAAAUCAAAGCUCUUAAGAGUAUAUGACAGGUAGAUAGAAUAAUUAAUUCUUCUGAUCCUACAAAUAUAAAGGUACAUCAAAAAGAAAACAUCAACUAUUACGCAUAUACACGGCUCCCUGGAGGAUGCAGAGAACACACUGUCCUAUCAGAUGACGGUGUGACAUUAAAAUCUUAUGCAUGGAGUACAGAUAACAUUUCAGCAAGUUGCACAAUGCACCAGAAAAGUCUGCAGAGACAUGCAAGCACCUGCAGCCAAGUGGUAAGCACCAAGAAGUUAGGUGACCCCUGCUCCCUCCUCCUCGCUCCUCUCUCCUCUCUCCCUACAAAUGAGAUCUACUAUUCAGCAAAGCACCUUAUGGGAGGAAGACUGAUCUCUCUUGUUUGGAUGUAAACAGAUGGUGAUCUACUCGCUUCACGGACAUCCGCAAUGCUGCUGUUUUCCAGCAGAUGCUGUAAUUAUGAUAUCACCAAGUGAUUCAAUGCCAUGCCCUUUAGAUGCAACACAGCACAAUGUUAAAGUGAGCUUCACAUGAGCAUGAUUAGAGACUUUCCAUUUUGAUAUCAGCAUGCACAAGACAUAUCUCACAUAAUGGAAAGGAUGUUCUUUCGGAUACCUGGCUCCAUCCCCCUCUUCUCAUCUGUUUUCAUACGAGUGCACUGGAUGAGUUUUUAAUUUGAAAUGCUAAUAAUUUAGAAGUAUAGAAAUUGAAUGUUCAAUCUUAAGGGAACAGUACAUAAAUGAGAUCUUAGCAUGAAAAAAGUUACCUGCAUUAUGGUCUAUCGACUAAGGUACUUUUGUAACCUGGUAUAUUUAAUGCAUGACAUGAGUAUUCAGCUUGUUGCAAUUCAGGCACUCUGCAGUGCCCUAUUGUCAGGGAAGCUAAGGAAAUCAAAUUCUGGAUGUUUCCGAAUUGCGAUCAAAUAUAUCCAAACCCACCUCGAGGAUGCAGAGUUUCUAAUUUACAAGUAGUCAAAGAUACCAAAUAAAUAUUAUCAAAAAUGCAUAUAAUUAUAAUAAGCACCAAUUACAGUAUUAUGUCAAUAGUGCAGUGCAUGGACCUUCUUUUAACAAGAAAAGUUAACAUAUCAUUAGUCAUGCUUCCAUUUCCACGUCACAUUUGAGUACAUAUUGGUUUGGAAUCCAGUAAAAAAAGGAUCAAUACCAAAUUUCACUUCAUAUUACAGAGAAUUAUUCAGACAUUAUUUGCUAGUGCCUUUAUCCCUUUCACCAACAGGACCAGUGAAAGUGCCUCUGUGCACAGUGGGAUUUGUGAGGUUGAGCAGAGAUGGUUUACCUUGUGUUCUAGUGUUGAUACACUGUUGGUCAUGAUGUUAAUGAUGCCAGAUGAACAAGGUUAAAACAGCAGGUGAUUGUGGUCAAAAAACAAACAAAAGAUGAUCCAUGGCUGUUAUGCACAACCCAGUUUUCAUGCUGUCAUGCACUUAAUUAUGCCCUUAAGCAGCAAUGUAUUGUACUCUGCAUGUUUACCAAUCCAAUUCAAAAGGGAAUCUCCAUAGGUUUUAACAUAUUGUAUUUAUGUCUAUUGUUUUUGUUUGUGCACCAUGCAUCCUUUCAGGGUCUCUACCUCAGUGAGGUCAUUGCAAACUUGCUGCAGAGCUGCAAGCUUCAAUGCAGGGCUUCCUAUACCAUAAUGCAAAAUGGAACCUUAAGUGUAAACUGCAGUCAUGCAACAUUGAAUGUGAGAGUCCCAAAGUAUAGCCUUUACACAAGCACUUAGGACAAAUAGUGUACCACUAACGCCGCUCCUUUUGUUCACUUAAAGCUACGCACAAUCAGAACAUUCAUUUGUAGAGAUUGCUUGACUCUCCUAACGGGAUGAGAUUGACUGUUUUAUAUGUUGGUUUCUUUGAAACAAUGGUAUCUAAAGUUACUGUCGUGCCGCUUGAAUGUGUUUCAACACACACACACACACACACACACACGUGUAUAAGACGGUGUAAACGUUUAUUAUAGUUUUUAAAUCCGUCAUCCUGAUAUCUUUGGGCAUUAUGAUGCACAGCAAAGUGCAGCCUGUUUUUUUGCACAAUCAUUUUGUUCUGUUGCUUGAAACAUUUUUUUGAUAGUGAGAUUCUUUUUCUUCUUUUUUUACCCUUGAUCAUACGUAGUGUAAUGUUUCUUGGCAUAUUGUUCCAGACAGACUAACUGCAGAUUGGACAAAUUGUAAUGACUACUUGAAAAUCUCCAGCUACUGUACAUCAAUACACUUAGUAUUGAGAUGAAAUCACCCAAAUAAUAGUAAGAUUUUAUAAUGUACGGUACGCUCUUUUUUUUAAUUUAGCACUCUCCUGACAAGGUCCUGUAAAAAAGAAGCUACACUGCAGUGCUACUUGAAUGUUAUAUAGUUGAUUCUGGUGGUGCAAUGGCUAUCCUUUGUGGUGCUAGUACAGGAGUACCAUUGUUGUCUUGUUACCAUCACAUGUUAUUUUGGACAAGACUUUUUUCAUUCUCUAAUUCUUGUUACUGUUUUGUUAUUGGUGGCUGGUUGGUUAGUUUCGGGCACUAUCUGUCAUUUUAUUUGGAUGAUCUUUGUACUGUACCACUGAAGAGUGUCUGCCUCAGGCGAGGUAAAAAUUCAAGAGCCUUGCUAGAUGUCAGUAACUUCUCAUGAGAGCAAAAAAGAUACACAUUUGUGUCAGGGAUCUUCAAUUAGGGUUUCUCAUACAGAAGGACAUCAAUAAUACCCAAUACCAUAUAUUAUAACGCUAUAUAUAGAUACAAGGAAAUUCUAGUAGUCUCAUUAAUGCAGCUAUCAGGAAAUUGUUCGCUUUGUUAAUGAGUUUCUUGUACGACUGAUGCUUGAAAGUAGUGGUGUGUGUAACAUGUCCUGCAGGACACAGCUGUAAGUGAGGUGAAGAAAAUACAAAUGAUACUCCUCACAUUAGCAGUGCUGCGAGGGCAUGUUUGGAUGGUGCUAUGCAUUCAAUUACCCAACAGAACCCAACAGAAACAUGCAUUCUUAACAGCAAUAGAAAGACAGAUAACCUGUUUCUUAAAUGCUUUUUGUAAAAAAUAGGAAAAUAAAUCUAUUUUGAAUGUCGGAGAAACUGCAAUCACUUGACAGAUAACUCACAACAGGGCUGUUUAUGUACCAAUCUCUUACCCUCUGUUCUGUGAUUUUGUAAGGUCAGUAGAGUCAAAUGUAGAGGCUGACAUUUUAUUGAAAGAAACCUGUGAAAAGUCCAAAUAUAGGCUUUGCAAUAGUGGCAGUCCCCAUUUACCACCCAGGUCAGACUGGAGUUGUUUUGCAGUCAGGAUCAAAGCAUGCUGAAGGGUUCAGUGGAACCUAUAACACAGCCCCAAAGGAACAGCCCAUAAUGCACUUAGAGAGGAUCUAUGGCUCUAUCGUUAGUUCAUUGGACUGAUCAGCUGUGUGAGAGAAAGUCAGAGAAGGUGCCUACAUUUUUUUUUUUUUUUUACAUAUUAAUUUGUUUAGCUUACUGUUAGAUGUUAAUGCUUCUGCAAACAAACACAAGUGAGAAGAUCUAAAAAAUGACGACAUUAACAUAAUUAAACUAUAAGAAAAAACAUGAAAUGUCAUGAGAACAAAAUGCAAUUUAGCUACAAUAAGAGAGAAAAAGUAACCACUAUAUACUGCAAUUACGCAUGAUUUUUUUUAAUAAUGUGUUUUUAUUUUUUUUGGUGGCACUGUAACAUGACUGAUGUAGGUAGAACAUGCCAUAUACUGAAAUAUCAAAGACAAUAUGUUCCUCUGGCAAGCCAUGAUAAGGAAACUACUGUAUUAUGAUCAAUUGCUAUAAAUGAAUUGAUAUGGACAAGAAGUGUACUAUUAUGAAAAAAAACCCAGUGCGGUUUGUCUUUUUGGUUUUAAGUAAAAAAAAAAAAAAUAGGAUUCAUUCAAACACCAUGUUCACAUUCUUCCAAUCUACAAUGCUACAAUGUAUCUCUACAGAAACCUACUAAUCGCAAAAAACUGCAUGGUCGAUGGAAGACUGCAUGAGUUUUGCCUUUCAAACUAUGGAUCAACUAUAAUAGAGUUGCAUCAUUUAAAAAAAGAAACCCUUGCUUUCAUCUGCACCAAGACUUCCUGUAAGGCCCUGUUCAGAAGUAGUUGUGAAAUGUGUCCUCUGCUCCACUGGAUUUCUCAAAAAGCACCUUAGCGCUGACCUCAUCACUAAGACUGCGUUGGGUAUCCGAGCCGUGCUCAGCGUGUUUGUGAUUUUCAGGUUGUGCUCAAUAGGCUCUGAAUGUGAGGUCAGGCAUUAAGGGCUAGUUUCUCAAACGUUAUCUCUAUUUUAGGACUGAAACGCUUUUUCAAGUGACAUUUUUCCCAUUAUCUCAGUCUAGACUGUAGUGAUACUGUGUUUUUGGAAACGUGCCCAUCAUGUCUAAACAGGGCCUGUGCCACACACCCUCCUCUGUACUACAAUGGUUUUAAGGCAUUCUUGUUUGCUAAAGGUGUUGAUGUUGGACUGCUUUCUGCCUGCUGAGGAGGCACUUAACAGGAUCAAAUGUUGGGAUGCUGUGUACCUCACUCGCCAAAGGUGAUUAUUGAUGAGAAGAUCUUGUUUGUGUUCGAAGUGUGAUGGCUAUGAGUUUGUCUUUCCUGUCAAGAAUGCACACUUAAUCGCUUGUAGGGAAGCAUUGGAGCAAAGUGCAAAAAGGACUGUUGAAUUAUUCUGCUCUUCUUUUCAUCCACAAGCAAACCAAACUCUGAUUGUGUUAUCUAAUCUAGCCUUCAUUGUCAUGUUGUGUUUACCAAGGAUUAUGCUACAAUGUGUUCAGUUUGUCAGAUGAUGACAAAGGCAUGGUCUGUGAUCUAUGCAAGGGUUAUUUGUUUUUGGUUUUUCUUAUAUCACUUAUGAUUUCAUCUUACAUUAACUUCAAUAAAUUUUUAAGGAUC